UCAUGGUCCCAAGGGCACCCCUCCUAAACUUUCCCCUCACUACCCCCAGGUCACAGUUUGCUUCCUGGGAAAACCAAUUUGUGACAACCAUGACAGAAACUUUGGAUUUUUUUUUUUUUUUCUGAGAUGGGAUUUAUUUGGAGGGUUUUUUCACAGGGACAUACCUUAAGCUGACUUAUCCAAUCAAACGACUGAUUUUUAUUCCAUCUCAAAAACUCACCAUCAUGGGCAAGAGUGCACACAGACCAGAUAGGACUACUGCCCUGGUCCAGAUUAAAGCAUUACCCUCUUGGCAACCUUGGCAUAGGCCAAAAAUCCGACGUUUAUGAGAUGCUACAGGAGAAACAAGAGUUUAAAAAAAAGUAGUCCACCUCGUUCCAGCUUCUACAGGAAAUCCUGGAGUCUGAGGAAAAAGGCAACCAGUCUGCACGGGGGCAGAGGCUGCUGUUCAAGGCCUGGCGUGUGGGUCGCUCAUUGCUGAGACACAGUGGGUCAGAGUCUACUGAAGAUAAAACAAUUAUUUAUUCAAAAGUUCAAACAGUGCAAGUUUGAUGAUCAACUUGCACUUAGUAUUUAUAAAGUCAUUGGAUACCAAGCUUUCAACUGCAUUUACAGAAAGCACAGCAAUGGAUCUCUUCAUAGUUCUGGUGAUAUGUCUUUCUUGUUUGAUUCCUUUCUUUCUGUGGAAUCACAACCAUGCCAAAGGGAAGCUGCCGCCUGGCCCUACUCCUCUCCCAAUUAUUGGAAAUAUUCUUCAGAUAAAUACUAAGAAUGUCAGCAAGUCCCUAAGCAAGCUAGCAGAGAGUUAUGGCCCUGUGUUCACUGUGUAUUUUGGCAUGAAGCCCACUGUGGUGUUAUAUGGACAUGAAGCAGUGAAGGAAGCUCUAACUGAUUGCAGUGAGGAGUUUUCUGGAAGAGGCAGUUUCCCAGCUUUUGACUGGAUCGCCCGGGGAUUAGGGAUUGUUUUCAGCAAUGGAGAAAAAUGGAAGCAAACCCGGCGUUUUUCCCUCACGAUUUUGCGGAAUAUGGGGAUGGGAAAGAAGACUAUUGAGGACAGAAUUCAAGAGGAAGCCUUGUGUCUGGUGGAAGCGUUAAAAAAAACCAAUGCAUCUCCCUGUGAUCCUACUUUCCUUCUGGGCUGUGCUCCCUGCAAUGUGAUCUGCUCCAUUAUUUUCCAGAAUCGUUUUGAGUAUGAUGAUAAAACAUUCUUAAGCUUGUUAGAGUAUGUUCACCAAGACUUCCUAAUUUCAAGCACUUCCUGGAUACAGCUCUACAAUGCUUUCCCUCUUUUAAUACAUUACCUUCCAGGAAGUCAUCAUGUGUUAUUUAAAAACAUUGCUAACCAAUUUAAGUUUAUUAUGGAAAAAAUAAAAGAACAUCAAGAAUCCCUGGACUUCAAUAACCCUCGGGACUUCAUUGACUACUUCCUGAUCAAAAUAGAAAAGGAAAAACACAAUAAACAGUCUGUAUUUACCACGGAAAACUUGGUCAUUACUCUAUGGGAUGUGCUUAGUGCAGGAACAGAGACAACGAGCACCACCCUGAGAUAUGGACUCCUGAUGCUGCUGAAGUACCCAGAGGUCACAGCUAAAGUCCAGGAAGAGAUUCACCGUGUUGUUGGCAGACAUCGGAGCCCCUGCAUGCAGGACAGGAGCCGCAUGCCCUACACAGAUGCUGUGCUACAUGAGAUUCAGAGAUACAUUGACCUCGUCCCCAACAGUCUCCUACACGCAGUGACUCAGGACAUUAAGUUCAGAGAAUAUUUGAUUCCCAAGGACACAAACAUAUUAGUAUCUCUGACUUCUGUCCUGCACGAUGACAAAGAGUUCCCCAACCCAGAUCGCUUUGAUCCUGGCCACUUCCUGGAUGAAAGUGGUAACUUUAAGAAGAGUGACUACUUCAUGCCCUUCUCAGCAGGAAAGAGAGCUUGUAUUGGAGAAGGCCUAGCCCGCAUGGAGCUGUUUUUACUACUGACCAACAUUUUACAGCAUUUCACCUUGAAACCUCUGGUUGAUCCAAAGGACAUUGACACCACCCCAACUGCCAAUGCGUUGAGCAGUACACCGCCCUACUUUAAGCUCUGUUUCAUUCCAGUCUGAAGAAAGGCCAGGCUGCCAGAUUGCAGAGCCACACUCUGGCCUCACCUGAAUGAGCCAGAUGCUUUCUGUCCUGUGUGAGCCACUGUCCACCUCUCCUUUCACAUCAGGAAGGACAUUCCUGAACCUAUCUCUUCUCAUUGUCCUCAUCCUUUAAGAUUCAGUUCAAAUUUAUCCACAUGAAACAAAUCACUGUUAUUUUCCAAUUAAAUUCUUUCUGUAGUCCAGUCCUGAGAUCUUAUGCUGUAUCUCAUCUGCAGGGUAUACCAAUGUAAAGCUCCUUAUUAAUAUAUUUUGUUCUAUUAAAAAUUAUCCCAUGAGUUAAAAAUUUUUUUAAAUAUAUGAUAUUCAUUCAUUUCUUACUCCAUCUCUUGGUAGUUUGGCAUUUGUAAUUUUUGUUUUUUCCCAGUGGUUAUUAAAAAACA